AGUCGGCUACUGGUGCAGGCCUCCCCGCGGCCCCGCCGCGCGCCGCCCCGCCCGACGCAGGCCGCGCGCCCGCACUGACCUGCCCGCUUGACGUUUCGGCGUCGGGUGGAGGCUGAGGAAGGGCAGCGAUGGCCGGUCCCUCCGGGCCUCGCGCCGCUGCCGAGGCAGCGCGCGGGGCGCUCCUGGCGGCGCAUGCUGCCAGCGGCCUCGCGGCGUGCCACUCCCGCGCGGGAGUGCGCAUGCUGCGCGCCGCUGAGGGGCUGCUUCGCGCAGCCAUCGUCGAGCUCGGCUCGAAGGCGGUGCCGCCUCCCUCGCCCGCGGCCGCGGCGCCCUCCCCGAGGCGCCAGCGGCCUCGCGGGCGCGGGGGGCGCGGUGCUGGGCCCCCGCCCGACGGGUCGGGCCCCGACGGUGGCAAGCAGGAGCAGCGGCACAACGGCGGCGGCGGCGCAGCGGCGGCUGGCACGCUGGGCGGGGGCCCAGGCGCGCAGGCGGCGGCAGCGGCUCGGCAGGCUCCUCCGCGCGCUCGGAGCGCCGUGGCGGCCCGUGAGGGCCCCGUCGCCGACGGCAUGGCGACCCAUGUCGACAGCCGAGGCGACCUGCAGCCCGUCGACUCGGCUGGGGAGCGCCAGCAGCCCGCGGCAGCGGCCGCGGUGGGCCGUGCGGCGGUCAAGGGACAGGCGAAGGAGGUCGUCCCCCCCACGGAGGUGGUCCAGCAGCAGGUGCAGCGGACCCUGGAGCGCUUGGCCUCGAUGAAGUCGCGCGGCAGGUCCGACGAGUUCAUCGCCCUGAGCCGCGAGAACGAGGUCGACAUCUCUCUCCAGCUCAUUGUUCGGAAGGCCCCCAGGGAUCCGUGGUUGAACGCCUGGCCGCCCGUCGCGCGGCACGACGCUUUCGACGCGCUCCUGGACGCCAACGUGGGGAAGGCCAUCGAGCCGCGCGGCUGAGGUGGCGGGGCGGGGUGCGGGCGUCGGCCGCCGAUCUCCUCCCUCCUCAGAAUGUUGUCGAGAUUGAACCACUGGGGCGGCUGUGUCAGGCAGGGGCUUCGGUGCCUGUCCUGGGGUGGCUGCUCCUUUGUGGCGUGCCUAACCUAA